AUGAACGAGGAAUCGGGAGCUGCUGCCAACCAAACGGCUGCCACGCAAGCCGCAGGGCAGGAAGUGCAGGGCCAGAUUCAGGCCCUGAUCCAGAAUGCCGGCGGUGCAACACAGAUUGUCAACGGCCAAGGUUUAACAUACAACGUGAUACCCGCCUCGGCGUCUGCGCCCCAGAUCCAGAACAUUCAAAUUGACGGACAAGAAGCCAUAUUCAUCCCCGCAGCCCUCACAAAUCAGGCGGGACAAUUGGUCAGAAACCCCGGAGGGAGUCCACAGGCAUACCAAAAUGUCACCAUCAGAAAUGGCAAUUCAAUUCAGACGAUCCAAGUACCCGUGGCAGCGCCUGCCAUGCAGCAAACUACCAUCCCGAUGCAGAUUCCGGUACAAACACCGAAUGGGCAGACGAUUCUACAGACGGUUCACGUACCCGUGCAAACCCUCGGAAUGGGGGGAAUGUCGAACGUUUUAGGUCAACCCAUGCUGCACCAACUGGCCGGCUUGACGCAGCCGCAGCUCACUCAGUUGCAAGUGCAGUCGACAAGUCCCACAGCGUCCAGCUCGGUCGCUUCGUCACAGAACACGGUCACCUCCGUGAACCAGAGCCAAGCCCAAACGGUGCAGUCUGCGACAGGCGUCCAGUCGAUAUCGGUCCCGCAAGUUCAGCAGGUGCAGAGCGUGCAGUCUGUUCAACAGUGGGCAGCAGAUGCCGCCACGGCAGCCGCGCUGGCGCAGGCGCAACAGCAGACGGUGGCUCUGCAGCUGCCAAAUGGUCAGAUAGUCCAUGGGCAGCAAGUGAAUCUCGGUAUGUUCAGCGCGAUGGUUUACCCAGGAGCGAUGAACAUGGCUCAACUGACAGGCUUGCGUUCACCGAACGUCAUUCAAAUAGGUAAUAUCAAUGGCGUCCCGGUGCAGAUUCAGAGCGCAGCUGCGAACCAACAAGUGAUUCAAGGAACAACAUUGCAAGCCCUCGGGCUCCAAGCAGGCUCCCUGUCACCGUUGCAAACGAUUCAACUCGCUGGCAACGGUCAACAAAUAGUCGCACAACAGAUACAGCAGGAUCCGAAUGAUCCGAGUCGGUGGCAGGUUGUCAACAUCGGCUCGACGGCGCAAGCCACGGCUCAAGCUCCUCAACAAGCGGCAACUCCCACAGUCACUGUUCAGGCUACUCCGAUACAAGCGGCUAAUGCAACUACGAUAAGCAACGGAGAGAGCACAGCCACGACAGGCGGAGGGGAGCAGCAGCAGAUCGUCCUCGUGUCUGGCGAUGUUCAGACGAAUGGCACAUCCACCGCGUCGAUAACGCCCGUGUCUACCGUGAACGGUACUCCUCUUGCAACUGGUGAAAGAAGACUCCGAAGAGUCGCGUGCACGUGUCCCAACUGUAGAGAUAGCGAAGGUCACAGAACGUUAAGACCAAACGGCGAAACCCCUGGACGACGUCAACAUAUCUGCCAUAUGCCGGGUUGUAAUAAGGUUUAUGGCAAAACCAGUCAUCUGAGAGCACACUUAAGAUGGCACGCCGGGGAGCGUCCGUUCGUCUGCGACUGGCUGUUCUGCGGGAAAGGAUUCACCCGAUCCGACGAGCUCCAGCGACAUAAGAGGACGCACACGGGGGAGAAGCGAUUCCAGUGCGCGGAGUGCUUGAAGGGCUUUAUGAGAUCAGACCACUUAAGUAAACACUUGAAGACGCAUAUUGCUAAGAAAAGCGGCUUGGCGAUUGAAGGUGGUGAUUCCGACAUUGACCAGAUCGAAUCGGUUCCGGAAAAUGGAACGGGUCACCCAUCGAUCGUAACAGUGAGCGUUGACGGAUCUGACACUCAAGAAGCUACCAUCAUGCACGUCGUCAAGCACGAAGACGGUCGACCACUCCAAAUUAGCGAUGGCACACGAAUCCACGAUGUUGUACAGAUCCAUGCGGAAGAUGGAACCACUCAGUUGCAGAUUGUCAAGAGCAGUACGCCCUAA